AUGACGAGUGAAGGCGGAUCUUUAGAUGUUGUUGGACUUAUAAUCAUUUUGAUUUUCUACUUGGCUGUUGCUGGUGUUGGUGUCUGGGCUGGCUGGAAGAAUCGUCACAAAGGAAAAGGCGACAAUGGAUACAUUGUUGGUGACAGGGAUAUUUCAACGGUUGUUGGAGUAUUCACAAUGACAGCUACAUGGGUCUGCGGCGGUUACAUAAACGGUUCUGCCGAAGUUGUGUUUCAAAAAGGCCUUCUGUGGUGCCAAGCUGCAGUUGGAUACACACUCUCCAUGGCCAUCGGUGGCAUGUUUUUUGCGAAACAGAUACGAGCGACUGGUGCUACAACGAUGAUUGAUCCUUUGAAGAAAGCUUACGGAAGAUUGCCUGCUGCCCUGCUAGUUAUCCCUGCAGUACUUGGAGAUCUAUUUUGGAGUACUGCUGUUCUCGCCGCUCUGGGAACAACUUUGUCGGUCAUCUUGAACACUCCAGAAACGCCUACUAUCAUCAUCUCCGCUGCUGUGGGGACACUCUAUACUGUCUCUGGUGGCAUCUACGCGGUAGCAUACACAGAUAUUGUCCAAUUAAUCUUCAUUGCCAUCGGACUCUUCACUGCGAUGCCUUUUGUUCUAACCUCUGAGCCUGUAGCUGGCCACUGGGAAAAUCGAACUUCUGACUGGAUCGGAACAAUCCCAGAACCGAAAAUCGCCAGCUGGAUUGAUGCAAUUAUCAUGCUUAUGCUUGGAGGAAUUCCUUGGCAAGGAUAUUUCCAGCGAGUUCUCUCGGCAUCGAGCGACAAAUCCGCUAAGAUUCUUUCAUUUUGUGGCGCUAUUGGGACCACAAUUUUGGUUAUCCCUCCCGUCGUUAUCGGAGCUUCGGCAAAAGUUGCGGACUGGUCUCUUACAAGCUUGGCCAAUAUGGAUAUGAAUGAUUCAGAGCUUCAAGAGUGGCUUCUAAAGAAUAAGAAAUCAAUUCUCCCGCUUUCUCUUGAAGAGUUCACUCCGACAAUUGUUGGGUAUUUCGGACUUGGAGCAGUUGCAGCUGCUGUGAUGAGCUCAAUUGACUCUUCUAUGCUUUCCGGCGCCUCGAUGCUUACAGCGAAUGUUAUUCAAGAAAUUGCUGACGCAAAGGGUUUCGAAAUCACGAAUAAAACAGGAGGAUACCUUCUCAAAGUCAACAUCAUUCUCCUUUCCGCCAUCGCCACUUACCUAUCCCUGACGUUCGAAUCAAUCUACGAGCUCUUCCACUUUGCCGGUGAUUUGGUCUACGUUCUUCUCUUUCCGCAGCUGACUGCAUCUCUCUAUCUCAAGGAUCGCGUGAAUGGAUUCGGCUCCGUCAUUGCAUUCAUCUUCGGAACCUUGAUAAGGCUGCUCUCCGGUGAGCAUUUUCUUGGAAUUCCAGCUUUCAUCAAAUGGCCCGGCUAUGACGAAUCUGUUGACUACAAACAUCCUCAACUCUUCCCCUUCAAAACAACAAUCAUGCUCAUGCUUAAUGCUAUCGGAAGUAUUAUAUACAUAGUUAGCGUUCUGCCCCACAAGUUUCUUAUGAACAUCAACUAUUUGCAAACAUCAGCAAACGAGGAUUUUUACAAACCGAGCCAGACUCACGACCUUCUGACGGAGAAUAACGCUUUUUGCAAACUUUCAUUUUUCGGAGAAGACCUUGCAUCUUCUUUAAUAUCCACCUCACUCGCGAUUAUUGCUAACGAGCGAUACAAUACCGUCAGCGGGCUUGACAAGCGAUUGGGCUCAGUGUACCGAGCUGAAGAGUCGUCAAUCAAACUUUACGCCGUUCUUCUAUCAGCGAUUAUUUCAUCAGUUCCAACAUUGUCCUUUAUUUCUUCGCAGGCCGUUUCGAGGCCAGUUGAUGGUUUGAACCCAGUUUAUUCGAAUAUUUCAACGGUCAAGAGCUGUGGGACAUUUGGUUGA